AUGGCUGCGGUGCCCGAAUUCUCGACAAAAAUCUCGAGGCGGGUCUCCCAGCGGCUUCAGUCCUCAGUCGCUCCUCUCACAGAGGCCAACCUGUACAGACACACCAUCACAAGUCCACCCUCAAGAGAGGCAAAGCUGAAGCAUAUCCUCAACUAUGUCGAACUGCAGCGUGAACUUAUCACGCUGGAGGAGGAGCUGUUCCGCAGCACGGCCGAGAAGGGUCGGUGGCGGAACACUACCAGCAACAGCAACAUCAGUCCAUCGAGGUCAGACCUCGCGCUUGAGUUACACAGCGCUCAACUUCCACCUCCACAUCCUCGUAACUAUCAACAACAAGAGCAAUUCGAGGGUCUGCCACAACAUAAACAACAACUGCCGCAACAACGGCAGACAGACCAAGGACUGCACCCUCUAGCCUCUCGACACUCCUCCAAACAGCACACUCGCCCACGCUCGCCCCCUCCGCCCCUAGCACUCCUUCAGCAGCAGCGUAGUCUUAAUCCAUCACCCCGUCAUCAAGACUAUAUUCCAGACGGGCUUGACCCAACCAUGGCCCUACCAAGGGCCCUGCCUCGUACUAUGACCCACCACGAUCAAACUCUCUACCGCGAGUCCUUUUAUUCGGGUAUCGGUCAAGAGAAUGACUGGCGGCAGCUCGAAGAACUCGAUCCUGACAGUCUAGCGGGCAUCCACAUCUAUGGAGACACAUCCAACCUGCACUCACAGCUUCAACGACAACCCUCCCCAGCUGCUCCAUCCUCACCACUGAACAAGUACCCGACCUACGAAUAUAACCCUGUCAUAAGAAGCCCAGACUGGCAACAGGGGCGCCAGCUUCAACAACAACAAAACGUCUUCCGACAGCCUCAGUGCCCCGACGACGAGGAAGACGAAUUUGGAACCGAGAUGGCCGCAAGAUAUCGUCGUCAACAUUCUAUAUCACACGCUCAACAACAAUAUUAUCAACAACAGCAACAACAACAACAGCAACAACAACAACAACAACAACAACAACAACAGUAUCAACAACAUCUACAACAGCAGCAGACACGGCAACUGGCGUCCCCACCUCUGACAUUUGUGGAGGAAAAGAAACCAGCGCGGUUUUCAUCUAGAUUCUCGUUCUUGACUCGUCGACGCCAGGGACAACACCAGCGGCACGAGAGUAUGCCUGUUGCUUCCAAGAAGGAGACCUGGUCUCCGAAUUCCAAUGCUAGCCAUACUAGGCUUCCGUUGUUUUCAACCCGGCCAGGGGGAUCCCCGUUUGGGAUUGAGGGGCAAGGUGGAGGCGAGGAGAACCAGACAUGGACGGAGACGUCUAUGAGCAAACCCAGGGGCAACAAUCGGAUGAAACAAAUAUUCAAGGAUGUUUUCGGUAUCUCGUCCAAGAAGAGGAACAGUCGAUCGGCCGAGUCUCCUUUCCGUGACAUUUCCUUGCCCUCGACCCAUAUCCGCGACGCGCUGACGCCUUCUCCUCAUCACCAGCAACACCUGAAUACGUCGAUCCACAACCAACACAUCUACUCUACAACACUUACACAGCGUAAGGGUUUGGUCACCCCGGUCUCGAGACCAGACACCGCCCAAUCCAACUAUCAAAACGAUGCCAGCAACAACAAUAACGGUAAUAUCAACGGUCGAAGCAGCAAGAAUCCACGUGAAAGCCUUGUGGAUCCGGUCCUGCCGCAGCGUUUGGGAUUCCAAAGGAAGGAGUUAGAGGACGAUGUGGAUGCGCUCCUCCUUGGUGAUCAGGACCUUGACGACGGUGUGCUGCAAUCGCCGUUCGCACAGACGUCUCUGACGCCUCCUCCGGCAUCGUCUGUGCUGCGACACUCGGCAUCGUCCCAUCGUGUGUUCAAUAGCGGAAUUGGUAGCGGUGAGUGUGAGCCGAUUCUUAUUUCUGCAGCGGCGACAGCGUCAGAGCAGCCUCAGCAUUCAGGUCAAAAGACCAGGCCGUCCUCCCAAUUGAUGCCGCUGCCGAAAGAUUUUGCGGAUAGUGGAUGCGACUCGAUGGGUGGGCACGAUCACUAUGCCACGGCAUCGAAUGCUACCACAUUAAAUCACAACCAGACGCAGAGUAGUCAGCAACAGAUGUCGCCGAGUUCGAAACAGGUCUUGUAUCAGGUUGUGCCGUCGUAUGAGUGCGAUCCAAGGAUGACAAUGUCGACUUAUGAUAAUGGGCCGACGAUCGUGUCGAUUGGGCAGAUGCAGAAGGUAGACUUGGAGGGACUCCGACAGAGUCAUCAUCAUCAUCGCCACCACCACCAACUCCCACACCAUUCAAGUCCGACGCAUUCGCAUCAGCUCAAUAUGGUCACUGUUGAGUCGCCUUUUGCGUGA